AUGAGUUGUACAAGACCUGAUAUAGCCUACGCAGUUAGUAAACUGAGUAGAUACACGAGCAAUCUAGGGUCUGACCACUGGAAAGGAAUAACAAGAGUACUUAGGUACUUGCGAUUUACUCGUAGUUAUGGGCUGUACUAUACUAAAUAUCCAGCAGUGCUUGAAGGGUAUUGUGAUGCUAAUUGGAUAUCUGAUAUGAAAGAUUCAAAAUCUACGAGUGGAUAUGUGUUCACACUUGGUGGUGCAGCUGUAUCAUGGAAAUCUUCUAAACAAACGGUAAUAGUUAGAUCCAUGAUGGUAUCUGAGUUUAUUGCCUUAGACAAGUGUGGCGAAGAAGUUGAAUGGUUUCGUCAAUUUUUAGAAGAUAUUCCAAAAUGGCCUAAACCAGUGCCAGCUAUUGGCAUACAUUGCAAUAUUCAAUCUGCAAUUGGUGUAUAA